AUGAAUAUUUUGAUUUCUAUAAUCUAUCUAUUGUUAUUUUUUGAACCUCCGCCAGUUUUUGGUGGCGGAGAAGAAACGGGAUUGGUGAAAAGGUGCCGCGAGAAAGAGGAAUUUCAAUGUUUGGUGGAUGGAGAAUGUAUUUCAAUGAAAAAAUGGCAGGAUGGAAUUGAUGAUUGUUUUGAUGGAAGUGAUGAAGGUGGGGCAAGGGAAGGGUUGUGAUUGAGCUGUAAUCUGAAUUUGAAUUUAUCAAUUUUGGGGUUCCAAAAAUUGUUACUCCUAAUGUUAAGAAAAUUGAAAACGCUAUACGUUUCAAAAAAAUUAGAUAACAUUUUGAAAGCCAAAACUUUACGUGGCACCUUUACUCAUUUUCACUAAUUAUUUUCCGGACUUUCCAUCUUCGAAAAACGAAAUUCCCGUGUUCGAAAAAAAUUUGGGUCAUAUUUUUGGUUUCUGAUAAAAACAUGCCACGUUGAUUUUAGGAACUAAAUGUUAAAUUUUCCCAUCUCCAAAAAUAAUUUAAAAUAAAUUUCCAAGUUCAAAUCGAUCAGAAAACUCAUUCAUUUUCAUAAUAAAAAUAUCGAAACAGUAAUUUUUAAAGCAAACAAAAAAAAAUAGAAAAUCUCUUGACCUUUUCCCAUAUUUUUUCUCAGUUCAGACCGGAUUUCGUUGCUUUUUAGGUUUCAAGUUAAUUGUGUCUUGGAUUAUGAUGAUGAAUUAUAAUUAGUACACUUGAAAUAAAAAACCACUGACGAGAAGUCUAAAAGUGCAGCCGAAAAUUGUGAAAAAAAGUUAUUUAUGAAUUUUUGAAUUUUGAAAAAAAAAUGUUUGAGGAGUUUAUAAUUUUAAACUAUAUGAAGUCUUUAGAUGUUAAUUUUAAAUCUGAUUUUCUUUGAUUUUUGGUAGUUCAUUAGAGCGCAUAUGCCUUUCCCUAAUUUUUCGAAAAAUCAAAUAUUUUUCUUCAGGUUUCAAUUUUAAAAUUACUCCCUAAUUACUCCUAUUCACUUAAUAAACAACUCUUCAAGAAAAUUUGCCAACUCCGAAAAAAGAAACCUUGAAACCCAAAAAUUCUGUAUUUAACACAAUAAUUGGUUUUGUUCGGUUCAAAAAUAGGUUCACAAUUAAUUUUCCAUCUCAUCUCAUCUCAUUUCUUUUUCUCAUCGCAGAUGUCUCAUUUCACGGAAUUUCCUUUUCCGUUUCUGUCCGAAUUUGGAUAGGGUAAUUAAGUUAUGGAGUAAAAAAUAGUACGAUGUUUUAUGUAUGACCUUUUGAAGAAAAAUGAAGGACAAAUCUAGAAACAGAAUAGAAAAAAGGUUCAGCAACUUUUUGUUAGUUCCAGAAGACCUCACUUUCUCGAAGCAAAUCGAGAAAACCUUCAAAAUCAAAUGACGCGCGCAAGCAUUUUGUAAGCAGCAUGCGAAAUAAAAAAGUUGGAAUUAUAUAUUAUUCAAAUAAAAAUGACGAGCGUUUUGUAUAUGUUUUCACAAAUAAUUGGGGGAUUUGAAUGGCAAAGCCAACAAUAACUGUUCGAAUGUUUUCACAGAAACAAUAUAUACAUUUUUUCGACAGUCUUUUUGACAUUUAAUCAUAUGUUUCGAAAGCAAAACAGGCGAAACAGAUGUUUGAAAUUGAAAUUGGGAGGAAACGGGAAGUUUUUGUACAGGAAAGGAAAACAUUUUGAAGAAAAUACUGCUUCCAUAUUUGAGUUUUUUGGACCUGAAACUAUUUGUAAAACAUUUUGAUGAAGUUGGGAAUUCUGUGCUGAAAUUAUCACAAUCAGUUUUUAGCUUGUUUUUAAUCGCAGAAUGUUUUAUUUUUAGAAAAAAAAAUGAAAUAUAGGGGAACUUCAAACUUUUUCCAAAAAGUAAAAGUCACUCAGAAACUUCCGUUAAUUAAUUACAUACCCACCCCACCCAAACUGUGUCAUUUUCUUUUUAUUCACCAAUUUUCUCACCAGCCGAGAAAACUUCAAUCAUUUUCAAUUCAACUCUUUUAUUCUCACCUAUUCAUAUUCAAAAAUUGCGCAAUCGCAGCAUGACUCCUUCUUUUUCUAUCUAUAUUUGUAUUUAAUUACAUUAUUAUUAAAUAAGUAUACAAAAUAGAAUAGGAAGAAGGUAUAAUAUACCUCUACCUACCUUCUUCUUACACAAGGGCGGCCCACUUCAGAAGGUUUUCUUUUUUUAUUUUUACUAUAAUAAUAAGAAUAAUACAAAUAAUAAGUAUAAGUAACACAAAAAAUACAAAAAUAUCAUAUGAUGAAAGGGGUGAGAGAAUUAUAAAUACUUAUGCUAAAUUGAAAAUUGUAUAAAAAUACAAAUCGAUUAUUUUUAAUUUGGUACCAAAAGCUUGAUCUACAGUAACCCUGACGAUUUUUUUCGGAUUCAACAAAAUUGAGCUUGGUAAAAUUCAAAACCUACAGCACCUUAAAACGUCGAUUUUUUCAAAUUUUUCCGAUUCAAAUUAAAAAAAAACAGAAAUAAAAUCUUGUUCCCAAAAAAGGAACCUUGAAUUAUACUUCACUUAUUUCAACUUUUUUUAAUUCAGCCUGUAUGCCGUGGCAAUUUGACUGUCAAUUUGGAUCACCUCGUUGCGUUUCAAGAAAACAAUUGAAUGAUGGGAAAAUUGAUUGCUAUUCGGGUUUUGAUGAAGGAUGUCCAGCACAUUUUUUUGUUUGUAAAGAUCGAAGUGGAUGUAUUGAACCGGCUAAAUAUCUGGAUGGAAUUGCUGAUUGCAAAGAUCGAUCUGAUGAACGUAUGUGGACAAAUUAAUAGGAAUUUUCAGGAAGAUCUCUAGGACAAAAUGAAGCAUUUUUCUCAAAAAAGUUAGAUCUAUAAUCAUCAAAUUUUUUAAAGAAUUUGAGUGAAAUUAUAAAUUUUAGAAAACCUCUUCGAUUUAUGUACAAAGUUUGUGUAUUUUUUUAAUCAAAAUUUACCAGAUUCCUUUAAAAAUUCGGAAUGUCUCCAAUUUCAUUAUUUUUUCAGCGUGCGCUCAAACUCAAUUUCAAUGUGCCGAUGGAUCGAAGUGCAUUUCGAAAAAACUGUUUCAAGAUGGAAACGAUGAUUGUGUUGAUGGAUCUGAUGAAGGUUAAAUUUUUGGGGACUUCAAAACUUUACGAUAAAUAUGUAUUUCAAAAUAAAUAAAAAAAUUUCAAAAUUCCUAAAAAUAUUUCAAAAUAAAAGCACGUGACGUGAUCUAAAAACCUCUGUUUUUCCAAAAAAUGUUUUAAUUCAAAAAUCGAUUGUUCUAGAAUGCACCGCUUCUCAAUUUUCAUGUCAAUGCGGAGCUGUUCGAUGUGUUGGCCGAAAUGCAAUCUCAGAUGGAAGUUGGGAUUGUGAAGAUGGAAGUGAUGAACUUCAUAAUCAAACCGGUUCGUUUUUUGGAUGAUUCAUUCAUUUUUCAUCAAAUAUUUACCAAGUCAUGGUCAAUAAAUUUCAGAUAUUUGUGCUGAUGGAAAACCAGCAAGAAAUGGUGGAAUCAAUUCUUUAUCAAUUGGGACUAUACAAAUUUGCGCUGUUGAGAAUCCGUGUAAACCAGAGCUCGGCCAGAUUUGUAUUGUAAGCAGAUAUACUUGGAGGGGUUCCUUGGGAAAAAUUACAGUGGUCCCGAAAAAAUCUUAUUUUUCAGGUGAUCGGUGGAUCUUGGAGAUGUGUUUGCAAACUUGGAACAGUUCGCCCAAUCGGUUCUGUCAAAUGUAUUCCCGUCGAACUUCUCUCAAGAUACCUUAAGAAUCCAGUCAGUAAUUGUACCGAGCUUGGAAUGCAAUUCGGAUCGUUGCGAGAACUUCAACUUCUACGAAUUCAGAAAAAAUCAGAUAUCCGUCGAGCUCCUCAAAAAUUCGAAAUAUCUCGAACAACUCCGGAUGGAUUUUUGAUUGGCGAACAAUCGGAAAAAGUUCCAUUUAUGUUUCAAAUUGAUUCGGAGGAACAUGGUAUUUCUGAUGAGACAAUUGAUACAUAUGGAACUGGUUUGCCACCUGAAACAAUCAAAUUUCAACGAGACGAACAUCAGUGUGAUCCAACAUCGAAUCAAAGUUGUCAUGGACAAUUACAAGAAUGUCAAUUGCAAGCUGAUUCGAAAUUUCGAUGUUCUUGUCAAAUUGGAACUGUUUUUAUGGAUGGAGAAUGUCGAGGUUUGAUUUUAUUUUGAAUAGAAAUGAAACGAAUUAUCCUCAAUCAAUUCUAGAAACAUUCCAAAUUUUUCAGAACUUCGAAACGAAUGUUUGGAAGGUUCCCAUAAUUGCGCAAAAGAGGCAAUGUGCGUCGAUGCAGUCAUUGGAUACGAAUGUCUUUGUCGUGAAGGAUAUCUCGACACUUCGCUCGAACCUCGCACAAAACCAGGGAGAAGUUGUCUUAAGUGUAAGUUUCUCAAUUUUUCAACUGGAAUUUGUUGUAUUUUCUAGUAAUCAAUGAAUGUUCAAUUGGCGGUAAAAACAAUUGUUCACCAAAUGCAAAAUGUUUCGAUAAACCUAUUGGAUAUUCAUGUAGAUGUCAACAAGGAUUUGUUGAUGUUUCAGAAGAAGCGAGAAAACCUGGUAGGAAAUGUGUGAAAGGUAACUAACUUAGAAGAUCUAAAAUUUGCCCAUAUUCAAAAAAAUGUUUCUAGCCAUCAAUGAAUGCGCCACAAAUGAACAUAACUGUGAUAAGAAUGCGGUUUGCAUAGAUCUUCCGAUUGGGUUUUCAUGUAGAUGUCCUUUCGGUUUCACAGAUGUCGGCCUGGAUUCGAAUUUUCCGGGGAGAAAGUGUGUUGAUGGUGAGAACGUUUUUCGGGUUAAGAAAACUUGGGAUUUGAAAAAAAUCUAGCCUUUUCUGAGAAUUGUUUUCAAAAUCUUACCGAUUUAGAAAAAAAUAUUCAAACAUCUAGAAUUAUUCCAGUUUCCCAAAUGUUUUCAAAGUUUCAAAAGAUUGAUUUUUCAUUUUCCCAAAGUUGUUUUCUUGAACUUCUCAAAAAGCACUUUACUUUUUUUUUCCAAAAAUAUUUACAUCUGAUCUCAGAAAAAAAAAAACAAAAUAUUUGGUAUUUAUUGUCGCAACUACCAAAAAACCAGUUCCUUCUUUUUCUACUCAAACACAAAAAAAAAAUAAUACUGUACUUUUUGCCGUCUUGCACCAUCGCCAAGAUAAUCCUAAUCCCUGAAUUCUUCUAUGUUCUUUAUAUUUUAUAUUCAGCUAGAAAAGACUUUCGUUUUUAUUUUUUUCGAAAUCGAAUCGAUGAGUAUCUUUUUUUGCUUGCUUGCUUGGUUCUUCCUUUCAUUAUUCACCGGAUCCGAAAACCGAUUAUUAUCUCGAGAAAAAAGAGAAUAAAGAAUAAGAAGAAGAAGACAAGAAAAAAUAAAAAUGAUAUUAUAUGUAUUUUCCGGUGGAAAUUAAAUGAGAUUUAAACGAAGAAAUUUGACAUAAGAGUUGAAGAGGAGAAAAAGAGAGAAACAGUAUUUCAGUCGGAAAUUGAGCAGAAAAUUUUAUAUUCUUAAAAUUGUUAGGAAAAGUUCAAGGUCCUUGAGAAAGUUAGUAAAGACUUCAAAAAGGAUUUUUUCUUUAAGCUGUUAGGAAUAAUAUUGAGGUCUUGUUCAAAUUUGCCCAAAUGUCACACUUUACCAAAUGUGUUUUCAGCGACACUCGAAUGCGUUGGCUGUAAUUCAACUUUUGCGCAAUGUGUCGAAACGAAGACCAAAAAUCGAGUUUGUACUUGUUUGCCGGGAUAUUUGGAUAUGUCACCAAUUACACCUGGGCUGAAUUGUCAGCGAUUGCAAAAAAGUGAGUCAGGAUUUGAGAGCGGAAGAUUUUACGGAAAAGGGAACCUGGGAUUACUGUAUAUUUUUGUGCCGAAAAUGUGGAAUUUUCAGAUUAAAAAUGGGGACUGAAAUUUCCUUCUCUUCAAAACCUUAGUAACGUUCUGAUUUCCCAUCCCAAAAUUUCUCUUGAUUUUCCGAUCUUCCAUGUUUUUCUGAAAUUCUAGUUCCUCAUCCCCCAAAAAACUUGAUCUACAGUAUCAUUAUUAUUCUGCAAUAAAAAAGCGUCUUCUUAAAAUCCCGCAAAUUUCCAUCCCAAAAAAUGAUUAGAAAUGAUGUUUGAUUGGCUUGUUCGAACUAGAUUAGCCAGUUAACUGUUCCGAACACAAAAAAAAGAUGGGCUACCAUGAAUAGAAUCUCAAGAGAAGCAAGCCACCGCCCAAUUCUUUUCAACUUUUCAUCUUCUUCUUCUUUUUCUUCUUCUUCUUCUUCGCGCAUCCACUUGACUCCGCCCAUUUUUUGAAGAAAAGAAAUACAAGAACACACUAAUUCGCCGCUUCUGUUUGAAUUGAAAUUUAAAAAAAAAAAGAUAAAUUCCAAACUAUUUUUUUAUUUGAUACAUAUUAUAUUUCUGCAAAAUUAAUUAAUUAAUUCGCUAAUUUUGAAAUUUCAAUUUUGUAAUGCGCCAUUUGAUUGGCGUCGUUUUUCACCUCGUUUUGGGAUGGAAUUUGGCAUAUGGUAAGGAUCAUAUUAUUUAAAACUAGUUAAUUAACUGAUUAAUUAAUUUUUCUAAUUAUUUUUUAUCAGAUUUGAGUUGUUAUAACUAUGGUGGUGGAAGAAUUUUGAUCGGUGAGAGUUAGUGUUUUUUUGAGUUUCUAGUUUAUGGGCUCUGUAAGGAUAGUGGGUCCCGAAGAAGAUUCUGAGGCUCACUUGGAAAAAAUAACUUUGUAGUAUGAUCAACGCAAAACUUUUUAGUAAAACAGUACUGUAAUUUUUAACCUCAAAUAGAAUUUACUUAUUAAUAAUUUAUUAAAACUCCGAAAUUCAGAAGUUGAGGCCUAACAAUUUCAGUCAUCUGAUUAUUAUAUUUUGAAGAUUUACUCACACUAUUUUCAGCGAAAGUUGAAAGAUUACUGUAAGAUUUUGCUUUAUUUCUCAAAGUUCUUCUUCUCAGAAUAUUUUUGUGAAAGUUUGAAAACAAAAAAGUUACUGUAAAACGUCAUAAUUUCUUUUAGUUAUAAAAAAAUUUCGGUAGAAAAUUGCAGAGGGCUCCUUAAUUCCUUAAACUUCUAAUGUUUCAAAUCACACAUUGAAUUUUAAUUUUUUUCAGGGUUUUAUUUUUCAUAGUUUUGUUUUGAUUUUUGAUGAUCCUUUGAAUUUUCUUCUCAUUUUUUUACUCACACGAGACAUUUGUUUUUUUUUAAGUAACUCAAAUCUCCUUACAGAGCCCUCAACUAAACAAUAAUGUUUGUCCUGUCAUUUGUCUAAAUAACCAAUAUUUCAUAAAUUCGCUUAACCUGCCUACCUGUCUGCAAUAAAUAAAUUCUGCUUCACUACAUAUGUACUACUUUUCCCCUAUUUCUCAUUUCACAAUUCGAAAAUUACCUUGCCUUGAUACUUACAUGAAAUAAUUGCACGCAGCAAAAAAUUUCACUAUUUAAAUAAUAUAAAUUCAAUUAAAAAGUCAAACAUCGUUAGAAAUAUUAGCCCCCAACCAGACCCCGUUUUUUUCGACUUUUUCAUACAGAAAAAAAACAAAGUCAAGAUGUUUUUAUUACCAUUCUCUCGGAAAACUAAGUAGUAGCAAAAAGUUUUUUGUAUAGUCGGAUGGGAAGAAGAAAAAACCAACAUCGCCUUUUUUGACCUGAUUUCUCUUGUGUUUGUUGGUUUACAUAUGAGACAAAAAAUGUAUUGUGGAGGGGGAUUUUGAAUUUUUAUUUUUUUUUGCAAAACUAAAAUGAAAUUAGCAUUUCUCGAUGGCUAACAAAUAGUAAACAAGUGAAAGUUAGAGUUGUUUUUGAGUAGGACGGAUAAUUAGGUGUUAUUUUGUAAUUGAGGUAGGUUCCUUGUUGGUUGACAUGUUAGAUGACCGAUACAAACAAAUUUGUGUUUUGUGAAAUUGUGGAAAAUAUGAGAAAAAGGCUUAUGAUAUGUUUCUUGUGUGUAAGAAUAAUUUGGGUUUGACUAACUUCGGGGGAGGUUAAUAAUGACCAGAUUCAAAAAAAAGGUGGAAAAAUCCGGGAUAGAGAAUCUGUAGGCGAGUUUUGUGACGAGCCAUGUCCGGAUAACAGGACCAUUUUUGAGAAUCUGAAUCGGACCGCAGAAAUUUCAGACUUUUGAAUAAGAACUGAUUUGCAAAUGAAUAUAUCAAAAAAUUUGAAUCAUUUUGUCCCAAAGUUUUGUUUCAAUUUCAAAAUUUUGGAAACUACUGACAACAAAAAUAACAACCCCGCCAUCUACAAACUUUUUUGCAAAACCCUAAUCAUCUAUUUUUGUAGGAGCGAAUCCAUGCCAAGACUAUUCCCUUCACGAUUGCGAUCCAUUAGCCGAAUGUUUCAGCGAACAACCCGGCUAUUUUCAAUGCAAAUGUCCUAAUGGAUUUAGCGACGUCUCACCGGAUGCCAAACGAUCUCCAGGCAGAAAAUGUGUGAGAGGUAAAUUGUACGCUGGCAAACAAAAACGAUUCGGAAGCGAAAAAAAACCGAUCUAGUUAUCCUAACCCAUCCAUACAUCCAUAAUUGUCACACCUCGGCCAAAAUCGUGGUUUCCACAAUAAAAAAUUGUACGCUAACUUUUUACAGUACAAAAAUUGUGAAUUUUUCAGUUUUUGUCCUCUAAAAAUUGUGAUUUUUCAAUUUUUGACCUCUAAAAACUGAAAUUUCGAUUUUUCAAAAAAUUGUACUCUGGCCAGCCACGGAUUGGCCGAGGUGUGAUAAUUGUACUAAUCUCAUCAAUCUAUCAGCUGCUGACUAAUAGAUCCGAGAAAAAUCAAGUUUUUCUACCCACUCGUUCGCUCCAAUUCUUUUUUUUUGCAUUUUCUAGAUUGAUUAAGUCUCCACUUCCUAAUCAUUGAAAAAAAAACCAAAACAUCAUUAGGGCAAGCCAUGUUUUUUGUCGGUCAAGGACAUUUCGAAUGAUAAGCUAACUGAGAUGUGAGAAGAUGGAAAAGUGCACUCGCCAAAGAAACGGGUCAACUUUUACCCGUAAAUUAUGUAAAUUUUGUGAGAUGGUGGGUAAUUCGUUUGAUGGAUGAAUUUAAUUCGAACAAGAAAAAGAAACCGAUCGUCCAAGUAGGGGGUAUUUAAAAUUCAUGCGCGACCUUCGACAUAUGUAUUUGUAUGUUCUGUUCGCCCGCGCAGGCGGCAGCAGCAAAACUUUCUUCGAGAAAAAAAACUAGCAGUAGGUUCCAUGCCAAUUCACCUUGAAAUGCAAUAAUAAUAAUAAUAACAAUAAUUUAUAGUAUUUUUUAUUAUUGUUGUUUGAUGUGGGAAAAACUUGGCAAAGAGAAGGAAAAAAAAAACAAGAGAAUUCUUUUCAGCUGUUGAUGAAUGUUCACUCGGUCGACACACUUGUGAUCAACACGCUGAUUGUCUCGACACUUCCGAUGGUUAUACUUGUAAAUGUAGAAAUGGUUGGAGAGAUGUUUCAACAGAUCCUCUCCGAAGCCCUGGAAGAACUUGUAAGAAAGCAGAUAUGUGCUCACAUAUUGAUUGUGCUGUUGAAGCGGAAUGUCGAGAGACACCAAUCGGGCCAAUGUGUCAAUGUGUUAGUGGAUAUGUUGAUGUUUCCCGCCAACACGGUAAACCAUCUGGACGAGUUUGUCGAGCUGUUGUGAAUGAAUGCGCGGAAAGAAGGCAUGAUUGCUCACCGAAUGCUAGUUGUAUUGAUACUGCUGAUGGUUUUACUUGUCGAUGUUUGGAUGGAUAUCGAGAUGAUAGUCCGGAUAGUUUCAAAAAUCCCGGAAAAAUUUGUGUCAAAUGUGAGUUAUAUUGAGUCAGCUAGCCAGGGUGAAACUUCGAAAUUAAUAAAAGCUUUAGGAUCUAGAACUUUUGAAGUUCAAGAUCCUGGGAUAGUUCAUGGUUUUUCGAAACUCAUGCUUACUUUUACAGCAUUUGUUCCGGAUCCACCAGAAUGCGAUGUAAGCGAUCCAAUGAGUUGUGAUCAACGAAAACGAGAAGUUUGCCUUUUCGUGAGCAACACUUACAAAUGUCGAUGUGCUUCUGGAUAUUCUCGCCUUCCAGAUGGACGUUGUGUUGUCAUCAAUGAAUGUCAACAUUCUCGUCUAAACACGUGUGGAAAAAAUGCGGAAUGUAUUGAUUUGGCCGAAGGUUAUACUUGUCAAUGUCGAAGUGGUUAUGCAGAUAUUUCACCAACUGGACAGCCUGGAAGAAUUUGUCGAGCAAGAAUCAAUGAAUGUAGUAACAAGUGAGUUUUCUCAAAAAUUUUUUGAAGAAGACUAUUGAACAUUAUUUUUUUGCAGAGAAAAAUACAAGGUUGACUGUUCAGAAGAUGCAAUUUGCGUCGACACCGACGAUAGUUACACUUGCCAAUGUCGUCCAGGAUUCGCUGAUGUUUCUGCUGCAUUCAAUCGACUUCCAGGUCGUCGUUGUAUUGAAGCAGUUAAUGAAUGUUCAAGCCGAAAUUUGAAUGAUUGUUCACAAAAUGCGAUUUGCGAAGAUGCGAAAGAAGGAUACAUUUGUAGUUGUCGACCAGGAUAUGUUGAUACAUCAUCCAAUGCUACACAUUAUCCAGGAAGAAUUUGCACAAAACCAGUCGAGAAGAUCGUUAAAACUUCAUCAAGUCAACAUGAAUCAUCAUUUUCGACCGAUUCUUGUGAUCCAAAACAAGCUCAAUGCGGUUCGAAUGAGAUUUGCACCGAUCGACUUGCUCGUGGGCAUUACACUUGUGAAUGUGCUGAGAACGCGUUCCGAUUCACCGAUGGAACCUGUCGACUUUAUUCAGCUUGUUCGAAGAAAAACACAUGUGAUCGAAAUGCAAUUUGUUUGAACAGAUUUGACGAAUAUACUUGUCAAUGUAGACCAGGUUUUAUCGAUGUUUCAGAUGAUUUGAAUCGACUUCCAGGAAGAAAAUGUAAAGAAUGUAAGUGAAUUUGAAACCUUUUCGAAUAUAAAAGCACAAGAGUUUUUUUUUUAGUGAUCAAUGAAUGUGCAACAGCUGAUAAUGAAUGUUCUCCAUUUGCCAGAUGUAUUGAUGCAACUGAUGGUUAUGCUUGUCAAUGUUUGGAUGGUUAUAUUGAUGUUUCAAGUCGACACGGCCAAAGACCUGGAAGAAAAUGCACAAGUGCAGCCAACGAAUGUUCGGAUAAAUCAUUGAAUACUUGUGAUGAGAAUUCUGAUUGUAUCGAUACUCCAGAUGGUUAUACUUGUCAAUGUUAUGGCGGAUUUAUUGAUGUUUCAUCGAAUGCAAACCUUCCACCAGGACGAGUUUGCACAGUUCAAACAACUUGUCCAAAACAAAAAACUGAUUUGGUAUUUUUGAUUGAUGGUUCAGGAUCUAUCGGAUCUUAUGUUUUCAAGAAUGAGGUUCUGCGAUUUGUCAGAGAAUUUGUUGAACUUUUCGAAAUUGGAAGAGAUAAAACUAGAGUUGGUCUGAUUCAAUAUUCUGAUCAAAUUCGUCAUGAAUUCGAUUUGGAUCAAUAUGGAGACAAACAAUCGUUGCUUCGUGGAAUUUCUGAAACUCAAUAUUUGACUGGUUUGACAAGAACUGGUGCUGCGAUUCAACACAUGGUUCAAGAAGGAUUCAGUGAACGACGAGGUGCUCGACCAAGACAGAAUGAUAUUGCAAGAGUUGCGAUUAUUUUGACUGAUGGAAGAUCACAAGAUAAUGUAACAGCUCCAGCAAGUGCUGCUAGAAAAUUGUCAAUCAAUACAUUUGCAAUUGGUGUCACUGAUCAUGUUUUGGCUAGCGAACUCGAAUCAAUUGCUGGAUCACCGAGUAGAUGGUUCUAUGUUGAUAAAUUCAAGGAUUUAGAUACGAGAUUGAGAUCGAUGAUUCAAAAAGCAGCUUGUCCUUCUCCAACAAGACAAGAAACAUCGCCAGAAGGAGAAUGUAAUCCAAGAACUCAAACUGGAUGUGAUCGAACACUCAAUGAACGAUGUAUUUCAGAAAAUGGACGGUAAGCAGAUUGAGAGAAUUGGCAAAAGAUAAUAAAUUAUUUUAGGCCUCGUUGUUCUUGCCCUUCUGGAUUCAGUCGCCACCCAUUGACUCGAGUUUGCGGUGGAGAUUUGUGCAAUCCUCAAUUGAUCACAUCGUGUAUUUUCCCAGAAGAAUGUCAAAUCACACCAUAUUCUAAUUAUCGAUGUGCUUGUCCAGAAGGAUACAAUCGCGAUUACCGAAGUGGAUUUUGCGGUGAGGUCAACAAAUUAGUUUUGAAUGAAAAUUUAAUAUUUCAGUUUCUGUCAAAGAAAUCCGAAUUGAGCCACAACACGAUGGUGAUUGUCACAACGGAGGUGUUUCUUGUUCAACAAAUGAACAUUGUGUGAAUGGUGGAGCUCAUUGGUAUUGUCAAUGUCUUCCAGGAUUUGAAAGAACCCGUUCAGGACAAUGCACUUAUCCUGGAUCGUGUAAUCCAUCUGAUCCAAACUCUUGCAAUAUUCGAAAACGUGAACAAUGUCUUCCAAAUGGAAAUCUUUAUACUUGUCAAUGCGCGAGAAAUGAAAAACGUCAUCCGAUCACAGAAAUUUGUCUCAAAAACGAAUGUAUGACUGGUGAACACGAUUGUGAUAGAUCAGCCAGAUGCAUUGACACCGAUGAAGGAUAUCUUUGUGUCUGUCCAACUGGAUUCAUAGAUCAUUCACCAAACCCAAUUGCUCGACCAGGUCGAUUAUGUGUGGCUGAACAAAAUGAAUGUCUUGACGGAACUAAUAAAUGCUCCCCAAAUGCACUUUGUACCGAUACCGAAAGUGGAUAUAUUUGUCGAUGUAAACCUGGAUUUGUUGAUUAUUCACCAAAUCCACAAUCACAAUCAGGAAUGGUUUGCAAAGAACUUGUCAAUGAAUGUUCAUCACCUCGUUUGAACACAUGUUCGAGAGAUGCUCAUUGUAUCGACACCAUCGAAGGUUAUUCGUGUAUCUGUAAACCAGGUUUCACUGAUAUGGAUGAAUUCAGAAAUCCAGGAAGAGUUUGUCAGAAAGGUGAGUAGAAAUAUUGUGUAAAACAUUUAACAAAUGUGGAUUUGAUUUCAGUCCAACAAAAUGAUAAAUGCUCAAUUGGCAAGAAUGAUUGCGAUCGAAAUGCUCGUUGUAUUCAGAUAGGAGAUAAUGAUUAUUCGUGUUCUUGCCCACCAGGAUUCAAAGACAAAUCACCAUCUUCAUCUCAACCGGGAAGACUUUGUAUUCCAGUUAUCCCCGAAUGUGACAAUCCAACACUCAAUGAUUGUGAUUCACCAGAUCGCGCAAUUUGCACAGAUACUGAUGAUGGUUAUAUGUGUCGAUGUCGUCACGGAUUUUUGGACAUUUCGCCAAAUAUUCGAACAAAACCUGGCCGUCUUUGUAAACCACUUCAAAACGAAUGCGCACUUGGAAUUGAUGAUUGCGCGAGAGAUGGAGGAAUUUGUGAGGAUACACCUGAUGCUUAUAACUGUCGAUGUGCAAUGAAUUAUUUGGAUGUUUCAUAUGAUCGAGUUAAUCGACCAGGUCGAAAAUGUAAAAGAUUGAUUAAUGAAUGUACAACUGGUCAAAAUGAUUGUUCAAGAGAGGGUCUUUGUACAGAUACCGAAGAUAGUUACAUUUGUGCAUGUCCAGAUACACAUAUUGAUUUGUCACCAGAUACUGUUAAUCGACCAGGAAGAAGAUGUUUGAGAAGUAAGUUGUUGUGUUUUAGAUUCUUGAGAUCUACCUAUUUCUUCCAGGAAUCAAUGAAUGUACUUCGAAUCGUCAUGAUUGUUCACCAAAUUCGGAUUGCAUUGAUACACAAGAAUCAUUCACUUGCAAAUGUCGCGAUGAUUUUGUCGACGAAUCUCCAAAUAUUUCUCAAAGACCUGGCCGAGUUUGUCGACCAGCUCUUGUUGACGAAUGCCGAACCGGUAAACAUGAUUGUCAUUCCGACGCAAUUUGUCAAGAUCUUCCACAUGGUUACACUUGUCAAUGCCGCGAUGGUUUCCUUGAUGUUUCUCCACAUCGUUCUACUCAUCCAGGUCGAAUUUGUCAACUUCGACCAACUCCUCCACCACCAGAAUGCCGAUUGGAUGGUUCUAACCAAUGUAAAGUUCAUCUAAACGAAGUUUGUCGAUUAGUAGGCGGUGAACCAAAAUGUUCGUGCCCCGAAAACUAUCAUCGAGAUUCGUCUGGAUCUUGUUCGGUUAUCAAUGAAUGUUUGUUCGCUCAAUUAAACGAUUGUCAUACUUCUGCUGAAUGUAUUGAUCAAAUCAAUGGAUACACUUGUCGGUGCAGAAAUGGUUACAAAGAUAUUGGAAGUGGAAAUAGACCAGGAAGAAUGUGUAAACAAAGUGAGUUUUUUUUAAUCCAAUUUCUAACUUGGAAACAAAUAUUAUAUUUCCAGUGGUCAAUGAAUGUGAAUUCCCACAUUUGAACGAUUGUAGUCAACAUGCCAGAUGUAUUGAUCUUGAAGAAGGAUACGAAUGUAAAUGUAAUCAAGGUUAUAUGGAUCAAUCAAAUGGUCGACCAGGAAGAAUUUGCAAACAAAUGAUCGACGAAUGUUCGAGACCUUCUUUGAACACUUGUGACAGAAAUGCACAAUGUUUUGAUGAAAAAGAAGGAUAUCGAUGUGAAUGUAAUUCUGGUUAUAUUGAUGUUUCUCCGUCAUUAAAAGGUCGAGCUUGUCGUCAACUUAUCAAUGAAUGUGCAAAUCCAAGACUCAAUGAUUGUGACAAGAAUGCUCAAUGCCGUGAUACAACUGAUUCUUAUGAAUGUGAAUGCCCACCAAAUUCAAAGGAUAUUUCACCAAGCGCGUCUUUCCCAGGAAGAGUUUGUCUUCAAUUUAUCAAUGAAUGUCAAACUGGAGCACACGAUUGUGAUCCAUCAGCGAUUUGUCGAGAUAAUGAACAAUCUUUCACUUGUGAAUGUCCAGCUGGAUUCAUCGAUCGAAGUCCAAACAAAUUGACAAGAUCGGGAAGAGUUUGUGUGAAAUUGGUUGAUGAAUGUCGAGAAGGUCGACAUACUUGCAGUGCUCAAGCUGACUGCCGUGAUCUUGAAGAAGGUUAUACUUGUGAAUGCCGAGAUGGUUAUGUUGAUAGAUCACCAAACUUGGCUAGUCAACCAGGAAGAGUUUGUUCUGCACCAGAAGUUUGUCCAUCCAAUCACGAUUGCUCAUCAGCAGCUGUUUGUGAACCAUUAGGUGGAAUGAAAUAUCAAUGUACUUGUAUUCAAGGAUAUGUUGAUCACUCACCAAAUGGGCAAAAAGGAAGAGUUUGUGUUAGAAGUGAGUUUUUCAAAUAAUUGAUUUCAAAUGUGAAUUAACAAUUUUCAGACAAUGCUUGCCGUGAUCCUCGUUACAAUACUUGUUCAAGAAAUGCUAUCUGCUAUGAUGAACCGAACGGUUAUCGAUGCGAAUGUAAACGUGGAUUCCUCGAUAGAUCCCCAGAUCCAAGAAGUCGUGGAAGAGUUUGUGAACAACCACCACCCCCAACACCUCCACCAAUUCAUCCUUGCCAACAUCCGGAAAGAAAUGAUUGUCACCCAGCUGGAACUUGCCGAGCUACCGGACCACAAGAAUACACGUGUGAAUGUCUUGCCGGAUAUAUUGACAAGAGUCCAGAUGUUAGAAAUCGUCCAGGACGACUUUGUGUACAAACUGAGCCAAUUUGUCUCGAUUCUUCACAAAAUGAUUGUCAUGCAGCUGCUAUUUGCAGCGAAGUAAAUGGACCAGAAAAGUACUCGUGCAAAUGUCGCGAUGGAUAUAUUGAUCAAUCGCCAGAUUCUUUGAGAAGACCAGGAAGAAUUUGUAAACGAAUGAUCAAUGAAUGCCUCGAUCGAUCAUUGAAUGAUUGUCACACUUCAGCAGUUUGUCAAGAUUUAGCUGAUGGUUAUACUUGUCGCUGUCCGGUUACAAUGAAAGAUCAAUCACCAAAUCCAAACAAACCAGGAAGAUUGUGUACUGCUCAAGUAAACGAGUGUGCAAAUCCAUCUUUGAAUAGUUGUUCAGCAUUUGCUGAUUGUUUCGACCGAGAAAAUGGAUACGAAUGCCGAUGCCGACAAGGUUAUCACGACGACGAUCCAGCAAAUCCAGGAAGACGAUGCUCAUUCAGUAAGUUCCACUUUUUUCCGGAAAUUUAAAAAUAUAAAUAUUCUUUUCAGUGAUCAAUGAAUGCGAAUCAUCAAAUCUCAAUGAUUGUGACAAGAACGCAAUUUGUACAGAUACUGCUGGCGGAUAUGAAUGUUCUUGCCGUUCUCCAUACAGAGAUGAAGGACCAUCGGGUCACAGAGGAAGAAUCUGUCGACUUAAUGAAUGCCUCAAUCCAAAUAUGAAUAAUUGUGAUAAAAAUGCUGAUUGUCGCGAUUUGGACUACGGUUACACGUGUGUCUGUCGUCAUGGGUUCUACGAUCAAUCACCAAAUCCACAAGAAGCGGGAAGAGUUUGCAUCGAAUUCCAACAAGAACAAACAAUUCAACGUGUCGAUAUCAAACCACCUCGAACUCAACAAGAAGAUGGACUUCUUUGUGGUAGAGAUCAUUGUAUUAUUGCAAGAGGCGAAGUUUGUAUCAGUGGAGAAUAUUGUGGUUGUAAACCGGGAGAAGGAAGAUCAGCAAGUAAUGGAAGAUGUCAACCAGUUGAUGAAACACCAUUACAAGUACGAGUUAUUUCGAGAGAUCGAAGACCAUUGAUGUAUUCGAGUGAAUAUGGAAGUAGUAAGAAUCCUCCGUAUGUUGAGAUCGUUGAAUUAUUCCAAAGAAACAUGGCAACAACAUUUGGUGGAACUUCUCUUGCUCCAAGAUAUGUUAACACCAAGGUUGAUUAUAUAACUCAUCCAAAGACUGUGAACAGCAGUUGGGAUCAAGGAUUAAUUUUCAAAUAUGAGGUUCAAACAACAAAAGUCAAGAAUGCUCUUCCAAUCGAUGAAUGUGAAUUGUGGAAACAAAUGCAAUCAUCACUUGAUCGUACAAAUGGUGCAAUUGGUGGUGGUUCACUUCGAGUUGCAGCUGAUAAUGAACUUCUCAAUCCGUGUAAACAACAAGAAGAAUGGGGAGAUUGUGGAGGUUUGAAAUGCAAAGAAAAACUCGGUGAAGUUUGUUUGGCUGGACAAGUUUGUGGAUGCCCAGAUGGAAUGAAAAGAUCUAAUUCCGAUUCGGAAUGUCGAAUUGUUGAAAGCUGGAAUGUUCCAUUGUGGGUGGUUCGAGACAAGGAAAGACCAAUUUUGUAUAGCGAAUCUUUGGAUAAUCCUCAAACUCAAAUAUACAAGGUAAGAACUACAAAAUUUAGAGUAUGUGAAGAAAUUAAUAAUAUUUUACAGAGCUACUCAAAUCGCAUUGAAAAGGGUAUUGAAGGAUGUUAUCCACACACUGAACUCAAAAAUGCAUUUGUCAGUGCUGAAGUCAAUGAUAUCGUCAACCCAGUUUUAUUGAAUUCUUCUUAUGAUUCUGGACUCUUGUUCAAUACCACAGUGAAUUUCCGAAAAGGUAUAACAUUUUUUCAUAAAUUUUCUCACAAAAAGCCAUAAAUAAUUUUAGGAAUGGUUCGAAUUCCAUCUGAUGCUUAUUAUCAACUUGUCAAAUAUAUCACCAAAGAAAACAACAACGAAGUUGGAGAAUCAGAUCUUUAUCUCAACCCAGUUCAACCAGAUCCAUUCAAACCGUGCUUCAAAAAUGAUUGUGAUCCCCACGGAAAAUGUAUCGAAACAUCGAAAUACAACUACAAAUGUGAAUGUGCCACCGGUUAUCGUGAUAUGAAUCCAUUGAAUCCUGGGAAAACCUGCCUACCAGUUCACGGUUUCAAUGAAUGUGAACGAAAAGAAGACAAUGAAUGUAGCGAAAAUGCACGAUGUGUUGAUUUGGAACAUCUCUACAAAUGCGAAUGUCUUCCAACAUUCUACGAUGCUUCUCCGCCAGAAGCAAUUCCUGGUUCAAUGUGUGUUUUGGAUUACUGUAGUGAUGUGAAUUUCUGCCCAACCAACACAACAUGUAAAAAUAUGGAACAACAAGCUGAAUGUCGAUGCGAUGCUGGUUUUAUGGAUAUCAGAAAAUCAGAAAAGAGAACAAUGUUAGGAUUAACUGAUGAUACAUUAUGUAUGCAUGUUCGAGAUGUUGAUGAAUGCGCACUCGGAUUGAAUAACUGCUCCGGUGUUGCUCAUUGUAUAGACAGAGCUGUUGGUUAUACUUGUAGAUGUCCAGAUGGUUACAUCGAUGGAAAUCCAGAUGAACCUGGAAGAGUUUGCGGAGCUCUGCUUUGCGAUCUUUGCAAUGCUCACGGAGAUUGUGUUCACAAUUCAGCUACAAAUAAUGUAACGUGUGUUUGUACAGAUGGAUGGAGUGGUGCACAAUGUCAAGUUGCUCCAAGCAAUGCAUCUUUAGUUCUUCUGAUUCUUCUGGCUCUUCUUUUCCUUCUAUUGACACUUUGCUGCCUUCUUUAUUUCUGCACAAAAUGUCAUUGUUUCAAAGGUCGCGCUGGAGCCGCUGCUGGAGCUGCGGGAUUGAGAUAUGGAAGAGGAGCUUGGCCAUGGUCAACUCUUGAAGGAGGAUCAAGUUCAAGUGAAAGUGGAGCUGAUUUCUCUAACGAAUACUACCCAGAUAUCGGAAUUCCAAGAGCAAAACUGAAGGGUGCUGGAGGAACAGUUGAAAGAUCACACGAUGUCGCGAGAAUGGAACAAUAUUUGGAGGAAGAAUCGAGUGGUGCAGCAGGAGCAGUUCGUAUUCCACGUGCUCAUCUUGCUGGAAGCUCUGGAGCUGAUAUUGAUAGUUUCAGCGAGGCAAGCUCUGAUUAUACUAUUCGUGAAGAAGUUGAAAGAAGAGUUACAACUGAUGUGACAACAAAAGAAAUCAAAACAACAACUACCACUGAUGCAUCUGGAAAUACAAUUAUCACAACCUCCGAAACACUUAUCGAACCAGAAGAUAGUCAUGUUAGAACAGUGACACAUGAUCACGGAUAUGAGGCAACAUCAGGAAUGAUGUCAGGAUCAGCAAUGGUAAGAUUCUAAAUAAUCUAAUUUAUUUUUUGAAAAAAAAAUUGAAAAUUUAUAGAAUCAAGCCAGCUCAGCAUCUUACGAAGACGAUGUUUCUUACUACGGUAAAGAAGGAGUAUCUACAAGCUCAUUUGUGAACACAGGAUAUGCAGCAGGAUACUCGAAUCGACUUUUUGAUGAAAAGUUAGUUGAAAUUAAAGAAAACUUCAAAAUAUAAAUAUAAUAUACUUUUACAGAGAACGAGGAGAAAGUGUUGCUGAAUUCUCAAUCGGAAAAGCUCGUGGCGCUUCAUCAAAUCAUCAUCAAUUUGAAUCAUCAGCUAAUCGCGAAAUCGAAGAAUAUCAAGAAUCUGAUGCUGCAAGUUCAACAACUGAAGAACACGAAAUCGGAGAUGUUCGAAAUCUCGUAACUCGUAACUACAGUGUAGACCCGAUUCAAAAUGGGCAAAUCGAACGAAGCCGUAAUGAAUAUGUUACCACAAAAACAUCAUCAUCUGUAACUAGAUCCUAA